AUGAAGUCGGAUUUCAAGCUCUCCAACUUAUUGGGAACGGUAUAUAAAAAGGGGAAUCUUGUAUUUACCAAAGACGGCUCGAAAUUGCUAUCUCCAGUGGGCAAUCGUGUCACCUGCUUCGAUCUCAUCAGGUCACAAUCAUUCACAUUCAGCUACCAGCACCGCAAAAAUAUCCAAUGCAUAGCCUUGAACAGGAACAACACGCUUUUAAUCUCGGUAGACGAGGACGGAAGAGCCAUCUUGGUCAAUUUCGUCUCUCGUGUAGUGUUGCACCACUUUAACUUCAAGUCGAAAGUCUCCAAUGUCGAAUUCAGUCCCUGUGGCAAGUACUUUGCCGUUGCCGUGGGUCGGUUCGUGCAGGUUUGGAAAACUCCAGACUUUACCGAGGACCGGCAGUUUGCGCCGUUUGUGAGGCACAGGGUGUACCUGGGCCAUUUCGACGAUGUGCUCAGCAUUUCAUGGUCGGAGAAUUCCAAGUAUUUCAUAAGCACGAGCAAGGACAUGACGGCGAGGAUCUAUUCUUUGGAAAGCAGCGACAGCGAUGUGGCGAGAACAUUCUCGGGACAUCGAGAUUAUGUGGUGAAUGCCUUUUUCAGCAAGGAUAACGACGUGAUAUACACUGUGAGUAAAGAUGGUGCGCUCUUUCGUUGGGAGUACACAGAAUCACUCAAUGAAGAGGACGAAGAAGGCAAAGACGACGAGGAGAUUAAAGAGGAAAAACCCAGGCAAUGGAGAAUUGCUGCAAAGAACUUUUUCUAUGCCAAUGGCAAACUUAGAUGUGCUACAUUCCACCCACAAUCGAAUUUGCUAGUUGUUGGGUUUAGUAAUGGAGAGUUUAGGAUUUACGAAUUAGGGGACGAGUUUAACCACAUCCAGCUGUUGAGCAUGGGACAGAAUACCGUGGACACGGUAAACAUCAACAAAACCGGUGAGUGGCUCGCUUUCGGGUCAUCGAAAUUGGGACAGCUUUUGGUGUACGAAUGGCAGUCUGAAUCGUACAUUUUGAAACAGCAGGGCCAUUUCGACUCCAUGAACACGCUUUGCUAUUCCCCUGAUGGUUCUAGAGUCGUCACGGGGUCAGACGACGGCAAGAUCAAGAUUUGGGAUGUGGCCUCGGGGUUUUGUUUGAUGACAUUCACCGAGCACACUUCGGCCGUGACACAAGUGCAGUUUGCCAAGAGGGGCCAAGUACUAUUCUCGUCUUCGUUGGAUGGCACGAUUCGAGCUUUUGACUUGAUCCGUUUCAGAAAUUUCAAAACAUUCACUGCCACUUCGAGAAUCCAGUUCAACUGCUUGGCGGUUGACCCAAGUGGAGAAAUCAUUGUUGGUGGAUCUCAGGACACAUUUGAGAUUUAUGUGUGGUCCGUGCAAACGGGCCAGUUGCUUGACUCCUUGACCGGCCACGAAGGGCCGAUAUCUUGUCUUGCAUUUGGUCAGGAAAACUCAAUGUUGGCAUCUGCAUCGUGGGACAAGACUGUGAGAGUAUGGAACAUUUUUUCGCGAAGUCAAACUGUUGAACCCAUUGAGAUAUCGAGUGAUGUCCUUUGCCUCACCAUGCGGCCUGACUGUAAAGAGUUGGCCGUCUCCACCUUGGAUGGACACAUCACCGUGUUUGACAUUGAAGACGCGAGACAAGUGCACCUCAUUGAUGCACGCAAAGACAUCAUCAGCGGAAGAUUUCUCGAGGACAAGUUUGUCAGCCAAAACUCCAACCGUGGUAAAUAUUUUGACACCAUUGCCUACUCCUUCGAUGGGUCCACUUUGCUCGCUGGAGGAUACAACAACUCCAUCUGCAUGUACGAUAUCGACAACGAAGUGUUGUUGAAGAGAUUUAUCGUUUCGGAAAACAUGUCGAUUGACGGUACGUUGCAGUUUUUAAAGAGUGGCAAGAUCACCGACGCGGGUAUCAACUCCGAUUUAAUCGACCGCAAUGGAGAAAACUCCGACUUGGAAGAUAGAAUAGAUAACACAUUACCCGGUUCUCAACGCGGUGGUGACCCAAGCGAGCGCCGAACUCGACCCGCAAUCCGCGUCACCUGCUUGCAGUUCUCUCCCACAACAUCGGCAUUUGCCGCAGCCACCACCGAGGGUCUCCUAGUCUAUUCUGUGAACCAAGAGCUCGUGUUUGACCCCUUCGACUUGGACGUUGACAUCACCCCCGAGUCGACCUUGGAGUCGCUCGAGCAGAAGGAAUACCUUGUGGCACUAAUCAUGGCCCUCCGCUUGAACGAAACCUACUUGAUCCACCGCGUUGUCGAAAAUGUGCCACUCAAGGAUAUAAAGUUGAUUGCUCAGGACAUACCAGUGCUCUACGUUAAUCGGAUCCUCAAUUUCGUUGGCGAAGUCUUGAACAAGCUCGACUCGCCUCACAUUGAGUUUUACUUGAUCUGGAUUAAGAGUUUAUUGGUCCAACAUGGCGAUUACAUGGCGAGCCACAAGUUUGAGUUUAGACCGGCGUUGAAGUUGUUGAGUCGGUACUUGAGCAAAACCGCAAAAGAGGUGGUGAGCGUGGGCAAGAAGAAUGAGUACUUGCUAACUUUUUUGAGCGCCAGCAAGGACCUCAAAGAAGAUGCAAGUGAAGGUAAAGGUGACGAUGCACAGCUGGAGGAGGAUGAGGAUGGGAUCCACAGCUUUGUCGCGGAUGGGGACGACGAUGAAGAAAUGGACGAUGGCGAUAGUGACGGUGAGUGGAUGGGGCCGUCGGAUUCAAAUUUGAAUAUGAAUAUGAAGUUAAAGUCGAAGGCCCUGGGACAGCCGUUGACUUUUGCUGGGGAAAAUGACGACGAUGAUUCGGAAGAUGAUGAGCUUAUAGAGGUAUAG